GUGUAUCAGGCACAUUGUUUCUUUUUGUCUUCAGCUGAAAAAAUGGACACCAAAGAGCAAUGACAACUUGCACAAUACUAAUCCUUGAAAACAAUCUUCAAAAAAUGCUUCUGCAAUUAUCUCAUAAAAUCUCCCAAUGUUUAUCCAUUCUAUGUUCAAUGAACCACUUUAUCUCAGAUCAUGUAAACACUCCUAAUUGAGUUUCCUCAUAAUUUGCAUGACAGUGGGAUAGAACAUGAACUUUGUAUUAUUCAGCCAUGCUUUUUAGGGAGAUUGAUAAAACUAAAAGACAGAAAUAUUUUGGCUCCUUUCGCUAAAUCGCCACAGCUUUCAUUCCAACCAACCCCCCCUUUGCCAUCCACUCUGGGCCUCUGGUACCUACCACACACACAGUAGUCCCCACUGAGCUGUGCGGGACUGGAUAAAUACCAUCCCUUCAGAGGCUCUGUGUUAGCAGAUCGCUGGAGGCUUUGUGUGGAGAGUUGGAUACCCGGUCCACGGAGCAGAGAGAACACUGAGAGCUGCCGGUUGCUGUGGGCAAGCUAACUUCUCAAUGUGAAGCUAUCCCAUGAUGCAACAUGUGUCCCCAGCACCUGCAGUGACAAUGAUGGCCACCCAGAGCGUUCCUCCACCAUCGUACCAGGAGAGCCAACAGAUGACGGGCACCACUCAGCAGAACACCAAGACCCCACAGGUCCAUAUCCCAGCAGCCUCUGCAGCAGGAAAUACCUCUGUCAGUGUGACCCUUGACCCCCAGGCCCAGCUUGAGUCCGACAAGAGGGCUGUUUACAGACAUCCAUUGUUCCCACUGCUGGCGUUGCUGUUUGAGAAAUGUGAGCAGGCCACACAGGGAUCUGAAUGCAUCACGUCAGCCAGCUUUGAUGUGGACAUUGAAAACUUUGUGCAUCAGCAGGAGCGAGAACACAAGCCCUUCUUUAGUGAAGAUCCAGAGCUGGACAACUUGAUGGUAAAGGCCAUUCAGGUGUUGCGGAUCCACCUAUUGGAGUUAGAGAAGGUCAAUGAGCUCUGUAAAGAUUUCUGCAACCGUUACAUCACCUGCCUCAAGACCAAGAUGCACAGCGACAACCUCCUGCGUAAUGACCUCGGAGGACCCUAUUCUCCAUCACACACCAGUCUCAACAUGCAGCAGGAACUAAUUCAGACCUCCUCUCCAUCCAUGACCUCUGUCUCCAGCUCUGUUAACCCUUCAGGAAUUGUGGUGCCUGCCGGGGGUCUGCAACAGGGCAAUGUCGCCAUGACUACAAUCAACUCUCAAGUGGUAUCAGGUGGGACCCUGUACCAGCCGGUUGCCAUGGUGACAUCGCAAGGGCAAGUGUUAACGCAGGCACUGCCGCCGGGAACCAUCCAGAUCCAGAACUCACAGGUGAACGUGGACCUUUCGUCCCUGUUGGACAGCGAAGACAAGAAGUCCAAGAACAAGAGGGGGGUCCUGCCCAAACACGCCACCAACAUCAUGCGCUCUUGGCUCUUUCAGCAUCUCAUGCACCCAUACCCAACAGAAGACGAGAAGAGGCAGAUUGCAGCACAAACAAAUCUAACCCUUUUACAGGUGAACAACUGGUUCAUCAACGCUCGCCGGCGCAUCCUCCAGCCUAUGUUGGAUGCCAGUAACCCAGACCCGGCACCUAAAGCCAAGAAGAUGAAGUCCCAGCACCGUCCAACUCAGCGCUUCUGGCCCGACUCCAUUGUGGCUGGAGUCCUGCAGACACACAGAUCUCAAACAGGAAACAACUCAGACAACCCACUGAGCAUGGACAGCCUCCAGUCGCUGUCGUCGGACUCAGCCACCCUGGCCAUGCAGCAAGCCAUGCUGGGAGCGGACGACUCCAUGGACGGCACCGAGGAGGAGGACGAGGAGGAGGAGGAGGAAGAAGAGGAGGAAGGAAUGGAAGAGGAAGAGGAGGAGGAGGACGGGGAGGAGGAAAAUGACAGGGGGAGGCAAAUGUCCAGCAUAGGAGGAGGGGGGAGGAGAGAUCUGAGCAUGGAGCACAGAGAGGAACUGGAGUAGUGGAAUAGAAGAGUAUGAACUUUGACCUCAGUUGUCCCCCUCAGUCCGGCUAUAUUCAAACUCAACUAGGACGACUCAAAUGCUAAGUGACUCUUGAGAGCAUUUAAGGGCGUAUUUCUCCAAAUUCAUCAGAGACUCUUGUGCAGAGCCACCAUGGAGUCUAAUUGGACACACCAUGAUCAUGAUUAUAGAGGAUGAAUAAUAGUUUACUGAUGAAUAUGUGUUGUUUCAUUUGACUAUAGUAUGUUUUCAUGCAGUGAGCUCUUGAAAUAUUUGGAUAGUAGCACAUUUUACAUCUUUACUCUUCAGCCUGUUAUCUGUGGGAGGAAAUGGCACAGGAACUAAAAGGUUGAAAAGAUGACUGCCGGUUUUAAAUUGAGUACUGUUAGAGCGACAGAAACAAGGUAGGUGAUUAUGUCCGGUGCUUUCAGAGAGCCGUGACAUUUUCAAGCUGUUUUGAAUUCAGGUUAAAGUGAAGUGAAAAAGGAAAUGCUAGACGGGACAAUGAGGAGUGUUGAGUUGUUGCACAAGGAUCCAAAAAAUCUUUGCACAGUGAAAAGUUUUGACUUGUGAAAAACAACUACUUAAAGGUUAUAUAUACGGUAUCCACUUGCCACUUGGUGUUGCACUAGAGCACCAGCAUCUCAAACCAAAACAAUGGGACGGAAACAAAAUAAAACUUUUCACAGUCUUUCCAACAAUCACCAACUCUGGUCUGUCAAAUUAAACCUCAACUCACUGAGUCAGAUGUGAAAAUAUUCUUGAUAUCAUAAUAUACCUUGCCAUACUCCAUGCUAAUUUUACCUCUCAGAAUAUCCGUAAUGUAUAACAUUGUUACUCCAUUCAAAGGGCUUGUUUUGGCCACUGACAGACUCAGAUUGUUAUUCUAUCUGACAACACUAAGGAAAGGGUCCCUACAGAAAUGUUACAUUUUCUUUAACCAGAAACAACCGUAAUUCUGCUGUCGCUCACUACCAGACUCCAUACAAAAAUACGCUAACUGUUUUUACUAAAAAAAAUAAAAACAAAAAAAAUGUCACCAAAAACAUCUUUGUUAGUCUUACCACUCUUCCAACAAUCACCAACUCUGGUUUGAUUCUGGUUUAAAUCCUUAAUUCACCAAUGUAGAUGAUAAAAGCAGUUUCAGUCACUCUCCUCAGCUGCACAGGGAGCAGACCGGCUAUGGAAACAAAGCACAGAGAGCGGAGGGAGUAGUGUAACGACAUUGUCAGCUCAGGACACAAUGACUCCACUAUAACUUUACAUAGCAAAUUGUUGUUGUUUGCUAUAUUAAUGUUUCUCUAUAUAUAACCUUUAAUUGAAUGUAAUCUGUCCAAAUAUUUUGGCAGCAAGAAAUGAGUUACGAAAAGGGGCUAUAGGUUUUUUUUAACUGUUCGUUUCAUGUGACUCAAAGUAGGUCUCACUUUUCAACUGACAAGUCUGCACUUUAACUUUACAGUUAAUGUGUCAUUUCACUUCCUAAAAUAAGAGUGAGGAGUCAAAGGGGGAAAAAAAGGGUGUGAUGCUGUCCAAAUAUCUGCAGAAGUGACUGUUUAUGUUGGCUUCUACUGCUGGGACAUCAUUCACGCCUUUUUAAAUGACUCAUAGGUUCUCAGGUCGAACAACACUCGGCAUGUCUCUUCCUCAUGAGUGCAACACUUGACUCAUUGCUGCAGCAAACCUUUUUCGAGCAUGACUUUUGAAACAUGUUUUUUUCUUAUCCCAUAAGCAAAAAAAAAAAAAAACUGUAGGAAACCAGUGUAUACAGACUGCACAUAUAGUAUGUAUAUUAGAUUUUUCAUAUGUUUGCAUUCUAGUGUUGAAAGUUUGCAUAUUUAUUCAAUUUUUAUUUUGUGUGGCCUCAGAGAGUAGCUUAAAGAACAACCUGACAAUAACAGUUGCUUCUGCAUAUACUGUAGAUUUGGCAAACUUUCUGAAUAAGGCUAGUGUAUCAGCUGGUGGCCAUGCACAUACUUGACUUCAGCCGACAACUCUUAGAAAAUUGCUUGUGUAUUUUUGUGACCUUGGGGGAUUCUGUCACAAACAAGAGCAUGGCAAGCACUGCCAAAACUGUCUUGCCCACGUUAAGAGAGAAAUCACACCGAGGACACACGGCCGAUGACUUUGGAGUCCCAAAGUGACAGAGCCAAUGUCGUUUACUGAUAAACUUUUUCAAGGAAGAGGACAAUUUUGAAGAAAAUGAGAAAGAGAGAAUAAAAAAACUCAGCAGUUAAGGUCUCUUUCAAUUUUAUGUGAAGGAUUUUGAAGAAACUGUGAAACAAUUUCAGCUCUCUGUUUUGUACUAAAACACGCAAAUGGAGUCGCUCGUUUCUAAUGUGAAGAUGUCUAGCAAAAGAAAAACAACCAUGUUAUAUUGAAUGUUCUGAUUGUUCAUCGUGAAGUUUGUUGCUCAUUAAUAUUCUUUUCUCAAUUGCUUUUUUUAAUGGAUCUUCCAGAGCAAGUGACAGAAAAUAGGGAAUAUUUCUAUUUCAUUUGUACACUUUGUUGUCAUAAUCUAUUGUGUUUCAAUAGACCAAUUUUAAUAAUUAAAACAUGUAAAGGUGA